AUGGGCCCCUCUCCGACCACCCUGUCCAAGCUCAAGCUGGGGAAGCUGCGUGUGGUGCGUCGGCGGCUGCUACAGCGCUACGAGCACCAGCCCUAUGUCUCAUGCCUGGCCGGCCUCUACGGCUGUCAAUGGAGACGCUACCAGAGGACCCGCGCCACACCGGGAGACUGCUGCUGCAGCAAGGUUAGAGAAGUCAGGGACUGUGAUUUUACAGGAUGUUUUUACAACCCUGAUGGAGCAGAGGCUAUACUCACACACACACACACACACUACUACAAUGUACUCUCUCUGUGCACACUCUCUGUGCACACCCAAUCUCACAACGUGAGUCAAACACACACUCUCUUUCUCUCCCUCACUCUGUCAAUAUCCCUCUCUAGCAUUGCUUACAUAAUUUGUACUGCCACGGUUUUACAAUCAUUGUUAAGCCAAUAAGGAGCUUUUUCCUCGCAUUCCUCCCUCUCUUCAGAGUUCAAAGGGCACGCCGUCAACUGUAUGGAAAGCAUUCUAGGGUAUAAAUGCAUACAGAGAAUUCGGAAAGUAUUCAGACCCCUUUCCUUUUUCCACAUUUUGUUACGUUACAGCCUUAUUCUAAAAUGGAUUAAAAAAAUAAAAAUCCUCAUCAAUCUACACACAAUACCCCAUAAUGACAAAGCGAAAUGUUUGCUGAUUUAUAAAAAAUACAAAACAGAAAUACCUUAUUUACAUAAGUAUUCAGACCCUUUGCUAUGAAACUCGAAAUUGAGCUCAGGUGCAUCCUGUUUCCAUUGAUCAUCCUUGAGAUGUUUCUACAACUUGAUUGAAGUCCACCUGUGGUAAAUUCAAUUGAUUGGACAUGAUUUGGCAAGGUACACUCCUGUCUAUAUACGGUCCCACAGUUGACAGUGCAUGUCAGAGUAAAAGCCAUGAGGUCAAAGGAAUUGUCCGUAGAGCUCCGAGACAGGAUUGUGUCGAGGCUCAGAUCUGGGGAAGGGUACCAAAAAAUGUCUGCAGCAUUGAAGGUCCCCAAAAACACAGUGGCCUCCAAGAGUCUUCCUAGAGCUGGCCGCCCGGCCAAACUGAGCAAUCGGGGGAGAAGGGCCUUGGUCAGGGACGUGACCAAGAACCCAAUGGUCACUCUGACAGAACUCCAGAGUUCCAUCUCUGCAGCACUCCACCAAUCAGGCCUUUAUGGUAGAGUGGCCAGAAGGAAGCCACUCCUCUGUAAAAUGACAGCCCGCUUGGAGUUUGACAAAAGGCACCUAAAGACUCUCAGACCAUGAAAAACAAGAUUCUCUGGUGUGAUGAAACUAGGAUUGAACUCUUUGGCCUGAAUGCCAAGCAUCACGUCUUGAGGAAACCUGUGGGGGUGUUUUUCAGUGGCAGGGACUGGGAGACUAGUCAGGAUUGAAGCAAAGAUGAACGGAGCAAAGUACAGAGAGAUCCUUGAUGAAAACCUGCUCCAGAGCGCUCAGGACCUCAGACUGGGGCGAAGGACAACGACCCCAAGCACACAGCCAAGACAACGCAGUAGUGGCUUCGGGACAAGUCUCUGAAUGUCCUUGAGUGGCCCAGCCAGAGCCCGGACUUGAGCCCGAUCGAACAUCUCUGGAAGGACCUGAAAAUAGCUGUGCAGCAACGCUCCCCAUCCAACCUGACAGCGCCUGAGAGGAUGUGCAGAGAAGAAUUGGAGAAUCUCCCCAAAUACAGGUGUGCCAAGCUUGUAGUGUCAUACACAAGAAGACCCGAGGCUGUAAUUGCUGCCAAAGGUGCUUCAACAAAGUACUGAGUAAAGGGUCUGAAUACUUAUGUAAAUGUAAUAUUUCUGUUUUUGCUUUGUCAUUAUGGAGUAUUGUAUGUAGGUUGAUGAGGAAAAAAAACAAUUUAAGUCAAGGGGUCUGAAUACUUUCCGAAGGCUGUAUAUGGGCUAUGAAUUUGAUAUGAAGUCUGUGGGACUUAUUGUGUUUCUCUAUCCUGCAGUUGGAGUGUGUCAGCUUUGCUCUCCUCAUCUUGACGUUCUGUCUCACGCUGGUCUUCCUCUACUUCUGGAGUGAAGCUCAGAAUGACUACAAUGAUUUUGACUGGUAGGUCUGCUAGUAUAUCAAAUCAAAUCACAUUUUAUUUGUCACAUGCGCCGAAUACAACAGGUGUAGACCUUACCGUGAAAUUCUUACUUACAAGCCCUUAACCAACAAUGCAGUUCAAGAAAGAGUUAAGAAAAUAUUUACUAAAUAAACUAAAGUAAAACAACAUUUUAAAAAAUACAAAAUAACACAAUAAAAUAACAAUAACGAGGCUAUAUACAGGGGGUACCGGUACCGAGUCAAUGUUAUGGGGUACAGGUUAGUCAAGUAUAUAUUCGUAAUGUAAUGUAUACACACAUCAAAGUACUUUAUGAACAAGCAUGCAAUUAUAUAAUGACUCAAGCGCACACACAUACAUUAUACACACACACACAAACAACAUUACCUCAUACUGUAUAGUCACAAAUAGUGUCUCUGGUGCUGACUGUUCACUGUCUAACUGCUGCACUCUCUGCUUUCUUUCUGUGUCUCCUGCUCUCUCACUCACUCUCUCCCUCUCGUGUGACACACACACACAUCCUCUCCCUCAACUCUCGACAUCCUCUCACUCUUGCUUUCUUCCCCUUUUCUCUCUUUCCAGGUUUAACUUUGGGAUCCUGGGUUUCUGGUUCCCCUGGUCUGUUGUGUUGCUGGUCAUCGCUGCCGCCUUUUUCAGCUACGUCACUCUGCUGCUGGUGAGGGGUGUAUUUGUGUGUUUUUUUGUUUGUUUGAGGGGUAGGGGGCAUGGGGCUUCACUGGGGGGGGAGUGAUCUGUCUGAAAUGAGGUGUGUGUGUUUUGAGUUGUAGCUGUUGGCUGUGUGUCUGCUGUCAGAGGGACAGAAGCUGUACCUACACUGGGGCCACAAGGUAACGUCCGCGCUCCUUUCAACUUCCUCAUGUGACCUAUACAUCUCUUUGUCUCUCCCAGACAUUAUCUUUGUCCUUAUGGCCCAUAAGCUGGACAAUCAUCCAUCCAUUCUUCUGUGACUAGAUGAAAUUAAUGAUUUGACCUAGAAGAAAUUGCUGACUGCCUGGUAGAAGAAAAGACUCAAGUUAAAAUAAAUGCUGAAGAUUUAUGGAUAGAUCCUGAAAAAAUAAGUUAGGUGAAUGAAGUGCUCAGUAGUGUGAAUAGAGUAUGGUGCUAAUGGUUGUCUGUUGUCCUAACUCUGGGUGUGUUGCCAGAUUGGUAUCCUGGUGACUCUAGCCUUCUCCAUUGUGGCCACAGCAGUGCUGUCUGACCUAUGGAGCAAAGAGUGGACCACUCUCCUCCUCUCUUUCCAGGUGGGGCCUCCCUUUUUUCCUUCUUUCGUCUAUAUAGUCAUCCCUAUCUCUUUAUUCUCUGUCUUUCCCUCACCUUCUGCAAUUUGUUUAUGUUUUGAAUAGGUGACGGCGCCAUAUUUACACAUGGGAGGAGUCUUGCUGAUGAGUCUGCUGUCCUGGCCAAUAGCCUUGCAUUUCUUCUGCAUCAAUAAGAAAGGUGAGACUUUGAGUAGCUGGGGCUUGUUUGAGCAGCUGUAUAAAUAAUAUGCAAAUUAUAGAGUAGAAUUAGGCAAAUACUGACGUCAUACCCAUGGCAAGGACGGAAACUUCAGGGAGGUUUUCUAUCUCAAUCAGAGGAGGCUGGUGGGAGGAGCUAUAGGAGGACGGGCUCAUUGUAAUGGCUGGAAUGGAUUCAAUGGCAUGGUACCUGUAGCUCCUCCCACCAGCCUCCGCUGAUCUCAAACGUAUAAUAUGUCUGCAUAUAGUCAAUACAGCGGUAGAUAUUCAUGUUUUGUUUAAUUUGAAUUAUUUGUUUUACAAAAUGUGUAUUAUGGUGUAAUGUCUUUGGUCUUAAGGAAAUGAAUCAACCAGAAAUGGAUAUCUGUAUCCCUUAAUGAACAGUGUGUGUGUGUUCCAGUUGGGCGGACGCUCAUCAUAGGGCUGUACCUGGCGGUGCUGUGUGCCCUCUACCUGGUUCCCCUGGGCUUGUACUCACCCUGCCUCAAAAAAGAGUGUGCUCUGGGCCCCGCUCCAGCCCUCAUCGGGCACAGAGGGGCACCCAUGGUGGGUAGGCCUGACUAGCAUAGUAUACAACAUGUACAGGGGGAGCUAGCAUGCUAGCAGGCCAAGGGCUAGUAGGCCUAAGGCUCUAGGUAAUACCACACAGUAGUAUGGACAGUAAGGGCAAGUUAGCAUCCGUGUUAAAACUACAAAGGCUAACAUACUAACAAGCGGCCAUGUUGAAUGUGGAUAUGACCAUAUCAGGAAGUGACCGGGGCAUGAUGACGUCAAAUGGACGGCCAUUUUAGGUGAAGAUAUUCAAUGACAUCUUGGCCCAUAGAAAGCAAUGAGGAGAGAUUUUACCUCAUUGCCUUAACAUAAAAGUACACUGAACUAUGCCAAAGGGCAGACUGUGUGAAUUAUGUAACAUGGGAUUACAGAAGGAGGCAAUCCUGACAAAGACACUUCUUAAGGAAGCAUACUGUCCUACCAAGCAAAAGAGCAGUAACUGCACAUUUGGUCAAUAAAUGAGUUAUUUACAUUUUAUAGACAUUAAAUACAUGCUUUAUUUACAUUUACAUUUUAGUCAUUUAGCAGACGCUCUUAUCCAGAGCGACUUACAAUUAGUGAGUGCAUACAUUUUCAUACUGGCCCCCCGUGGGAAACGAACCCACAACCCUGGCGUUGCAAGCGCCAUGCUCUACCAACUGAGCUACAGGGGACAAAUAUCCUGCCUCCAUUGUGUUGUAUUAUGGAGAAAAUGGGGGGUCAUGUUUGCAGUAACUGCAAAAAGUUAAAGUGAAACCAAGGAAAAAGGCAGUAACUGGCAUCCCUCACGUCAGUUACUGUCUUUUACCUUGGUUUCACUGAGCUUUGGGCUGCAGUGUCUACGGUAAACCUUGGUAUUAUUUAUUGUUCUUUGCUGAUAUAAGUAUCAAACUAUAUGACACUGACAGCCACAGACAAAUAAAUAUACUAACACAAGUUUGUAUGAGAAAAAAAAUCGUAAUGGAAAUGGGUGUACCAAGCAAGAAGGCAGUAACUGCCAUCUAGGGUCAAAGGUCAUGUCAGAGGUCAGGGUCAAUAUGAAUAAAAAAUAACCUCAUAGUAAGACAACAGAUAACCACAGCUCCAAUGAUCUGCCUACAAUUCAUUUGGCUGGACAAUAGAAAAACGUUGAAGUCAUUUCUCUCAGUUUCACUCUGAGCAGUUACUGCUCUUUUGCUUAGUAGGUCAGAAUAGCAGCCUAUAACAUGUAUACAGAUCAAAUACACACAUGGACCCUAACAAAGUCCACUUACAUGUUCAGUGACACACUAACACAGGGUUGGGGAAGUCCAGGGAAUGCUUGUCCAUUCAGGAAAGGUCCAGUAAUGAGAUGUAGUGGAGGACAGGAGUUUACAGAGCACCUUCUCAACCUGCCCUCCUAGAAACAACUCAAGCACAAGCAGGAAUGGGGGUCUGUUACCCAGCAGGUGGAGCCUGUGAUUGGCUGGCCUUGGUCAGCUGACUGAGUUCCCUUGCAAACUGGUCCCUAACACAUAGGUGUGAAGUGCCCUAUGCCACUGAACAAUAGUCAGGCUGAGGCGGGGGAUGGUAGCCUACCUCAUCAGUAAAAAGCUACAAAGUUUGUGUCUCUCCCAGGGCCCCAGGGUUAAGGAGGGAGGGUUUUAAACAGUAGUAGUAGUAGCAGUAGUAGUAGUAGUAGUAGAAGAAGUGUGGUGGUUAGAUAAAAAAAAAGCGUUGCCAGUAUAAGUAAAAACGUUUGGGCUGUGUUAUUAGCCAUCGUGAGACGCGCUAGUUUGCUGAACUGAUCUUUAUGCCUGCUAUUUAUCACCCGUGCUGGUAGCACCUCUCUGUUUAGGGUAACUGUAUGUUAAAAUUAUUUGUAUGUGUGAAAUCCCAGCUUGCUCCAGAGAACACACUCAUGUCCUUUAAGAAGGCAGUGGAGGCUGGAGGGGAAGGUCUGGAGACUGACGUCACCAUCAGGUCAGUGGUGGUUGUCCACCCUCCUCACACCCUGUCCAUCUUGUGUACCUAAGCAUGUACCAACAUUAGUCUAUCUCACCAGUCGUGGGUAUUAUGAAACAAGCUUGCUAUGCAAGGUUAGCCCAACAUAGCUGGUGAGCUCAUAUCAUCAACAAGCCAUUGGCAUCAGGUUCUUUCCCAUGCUAGUCCUGGGCAUUUUUAUUGGAGUAAAACAUUUACUGAAGGAGACUUUGACAUACCUGAAUAAAUUAUAGAUGGAUUGAUAAAGUACCUGGCUCUCUUUGACUGGGUUAUCGUGCUGCACUUCAGUCAACUCCAUAAUCAUCAACUCAGUAACUACCAUGUCCUCCUCUCGUUGCUGUAGCUACGACGGGGUGCCCUUCCUGAUGCACGACCACACCCUGAGGAGGACUACCAACGUGCAUAAGGUGUUCCCCAACCGGACGGACGCCCCUGCGGCCAUGUUCACCUGGGGGGAGCUGGAGACCCUCAACGCCGGGGCCUGGUUCCUCUAUGUGAGUCACCAACCGCCGCUGCGGUAGUACCUCUGGAAGACUUAGGGUCACGUAAAAUAAGCCUAGUCUUGAACUGCUUUUUAAUAAAGAUCAUGAUCAUUUUGCUUCAUGGACAUGGUAUGAUGGGAAACCAGGGCAUGUUUGUCUCCAAUGGAAGUAGUUACGACAACAUAAUAAGAUGAUGGAUAGAGAAGAUAGACAUUUUGUCACUACACCAAAGUACUAUCGAUGGGGGUUGGGAGGUUAUCAAUUGCUCAACUCCAAUUGCACAACUACCGACUUUAUAGAAUACAAUGUGAUAUUACAUUGUCCCCUGCAUUGCGCCAUGCAAUAUGAUUUGCCAUUAUGCCAAAGCAUUCCGUAUACUGACUGUCCCUCUCCCCCUGGUGGUUCUGCAGCGCGACCCGUUCGGCACGGCCUGGUCUCUGGGUGCCGAGGACAGGGUGCAGGCACAGAACCAGUCCGUGUGCUCCCUCAGGGACUUCCUGGAGCUGGCGGCCCAGAGGGGCAAACAGGUGAUCUUUGACCUCUACCGGCCCCCUCGGGGCCACCCCUACAGGGACACCUGGAUCACACACACCCUUGAGUUCAUCCAGAACGAGUCCUCCAUCCACUCACACCAGGUGAGGGCACUGAGGGACGAUGUUAUAAAGAGGAGUAGGGUGAAAUUGCCCCUAGACGCUGAUCUCAGUUUUGCAUUUUCCUCACUAAUGGUUAAGGUUAGGAUUGGGGGAUGGGAAGCAGAUCCUAGAUCUGCAACUAGGGGAAACUUCUUCACUUUGUGUCUGUGUUAGGGCCCCUCACGGGUCCAAAAAGUUGGACCCGUUCCGAAAUGGACCUGGGGCUUUCCCAUCUGGACCCAAAAUGCAUAAAUAAAUGUUGACAAUAUAGAGACCCGUUCCAUACGGCCCCGAGGACAACUAGAACCAUUCCGUAUAGACUUUUAUAUAACUUUUGCCCCACACGGAGGCUCUAUGACUGUAGCCUAUUGCCUCUUUGAUGACUUAUGAUUGGCCAAUAACAACAACAAGCUACAAGCUCCACUCUCGUGAAAAGCAAAGAGCAGUAGCAUAAAUUAUACAAUUUCUCUCUCUCUCGCUCUACUGCAGCAGUCGCGUUUGGACAAGUCAGUUAAAAUUACACCUACCCGAGACCUGUGACAAUCGGGUCCCGGAUCGGGUCUCAGGUAUUCGGGUACAGGUGGAUCCGUAAAGACCUCUAGUCUGUGUGUGUGUGUCUCUGUGUGAAUGCGUGUGUGUGUCAGGUGCUGUGGCUGCCGCCAGACCUGCGGAGCCUGGUCCAGGAGAUGGACCCUGACCUCCAGCAGACCUCAGGGUCACGGGGUCCAGUGGAGGAGCUGCAGCAGAACCACAUCGUCCAACUCAACCUGCACUACAGCUCCAUGUCUACAGAGAUGAUCAGGUGUGUCUGUGUUUGUUUGUGUGUGUGUCUGUGCGUUAAGUGGGUAUGUGUUUGUUCAUUAUCUGUCUGUGUGUUUGUGAUGCUUCCCCCAGUGAGUAUGCAGCGGCUAACAUCAGCACCAACCUGUAUGUGAUCAGCCAGCCGUGGCUCUACUCUCUGGCCUGGUGCGCCGGGGCUCAGUCUGUCACCACCAAUGCCCCACAGCUCCUCAACAAACUCACCAGACCCCUCUUCCUCAUGGUGAGAACAACAACAACCCGGGACAAAUACUUCUGCAUCCCAAUAAUCUCUCUUUUCACAGGAAGUGUGCACUUGUUCACUACUCUCCACAAAUGUAAAAACAUUGUAUUUGGUGUAGGCAUGAGCUAGAGAGAGUUUCCAUCAUACAGGUAUUUAUUUUUCCAGUCAUUUUCUUUCAAAUCCAUGAAGGGAAGUGAACAAGUGCACACUUUGGGAGAAAGGACCGAUUAUUAGGAUACAGGGCCCAAAUGCAGCCUAUAUCCUAUCUUCCUUGAAGUAUCACAGAUCUAAAAUUGGUUGGAUUGGUGAAGGUAAUACACCUAGAGACAAUGGUUGUCUGUCUUUCUCUCUCAGACUCCAGAUGAGUACAAUCUAAUGUGGGUCCUCACCGACGUGGUGUCCUUCAUCCUAAUCCUCAUCAUCUUCAUCUUCCACUGGUGAGUGAGCCCACUAGAAUACAGAGAACGAGGGUCGUCGUAAGUUGCCUUUUAAUAUGCCUACAUAAAAAACGUAGAUUGGUUAUGUGAGUGAAAUUGAAGCUUCGGAUGAAGGUCAGUCUGUUUUGGAUUUAACGGUGAUGUCACUUCCUGUAGUGUCCCUUCCUGUCGUGUCACUGCUUGUAGCGAUGACUGUAACUGUGUUGGUGACAGGUGGCGAGAACGAGGCUUGGCUUUCUGUUCGGGCAGCAAACCCACACUAGAACACGCCACCUACAGCAAGUUCAGGACAGGUGAGUUAGAGGGUGUUGGUAGGAGUUACCCAGUCUCUGCUCCAUGGCUAGCUUUGGUAACAUAUGAGAUACAUGUACAGUGGGGGAAAAAAAGUAUUUAGUCAGCCACCAAUUGUGCAAGUUCUCCCACUUAAAAAGAUGAGAGAGGCCUGUAAUUUUCAUCAUAGGUACACGUCAACUAUGACAGACAAAAUGAGAAAAAAAAAUCCAGAAAAUCACAUUGUAGGAUUUUUAAUGAAUUUAUUUGCAAAUUAUGGUGGAAAAUAAGUAUUUGGUCAAUAACAAAAGUUUCUCAAUACUUUGUUAUAUACCCUUUGUUGGCAAUGACACAGGUCAAACGUUUUCUGUAAGUCUUCACAAGGUUUUCACACACUGUUGCUGGUAUUUUGGCCCAUUCCUCCAUGCAGAUCUUCUCUAGAGCAGUGAUGUUUUGGGGUUGUCGCUGGGUAACACGGACUUUCAACUCCCUCCAAAGAUUUUCUAUGGGGUUGAGAUCUGGAGACUGGCUAGGCCACUCCAGGACCUUGAAAUGGUUCUUACGAAGCCACUCCUUCGUUGCCCGGGCGGUGUGUUUGGGAUCAUUGUCAUGCUGAAAGACCCAGCCACGUUUCAUCUUCAAUGCCCUUGCUGAUGGAAGGAGGUUUUCACUCAAAAUCUCAUGAUACAUGGCCCCAUUCAUUCUUUCCUUUACACGGAUCAGUCGUCCUGGUCCCUUUGCAAAAAAACAGCCCCAAAGCAUGAUGUUUCCACCCACAUGCUUCACAGUAGGUAUGGUGUUCUUUGGAUGCAACUCAGCAUUCUUUGUCCUCCAAACACGACAAGUUGAGUUUUUACCAAAAAGUUCUAUUUUGGUUUCAUCUGACCAUAUGACAUUCUCCCAAUCCUCUUCUGGAUCAUCCAAAUGCACUCUAGCAAACUUCAGACGGGCCUGGACAUGUACUGGCUUAAGCAGGGGGACACGUCUGGCACUGCAGGAUUUGAGUCCCUGGCGGCGUAGUGUGUUACUGAUGGUAGGCUUUGUUACUUUGGUCCGAGCUCUCUGCAGGUCAUUCACUAGGUCCCCCCGUGUGGUUCUGGGAUUUUUGCUCACCGUUCUUGUGAUCAUUUUGACCCCACAGGGUGAGAUCUUGCGUGGAGCCCCAGAUCGAGGGAGAUUAUCAGUGGUCUUGUAUGUCUUCCAUUUCCUAAUAAUUGCUCCCACAGUUGAUUUCUUCAAACCAAGCUGCUUACCUAUCGCAGAUUCAGUCUUCCCAGCCUGGUGCAGGUCUACAAUUUUGUUUCUGGUGUCCUUUGACAGCUCUUUGGUCUUGGCCAUAGUGGAGUUUGGAGUGUGACUGUUUGAGGUUGUGGACAGGUGUCUUUUAUACUGAUAACAAGUUCAAACAGGUGCCAUUAAUACAGGUAACAAGUGGAGGACAGAGGAGCCUCUUAAAGAAGAAGUUACAGGUCUGUGAGAGCCAGAAAUCUUGCUUGUUUGUAGGUGACCAAAUACUUAUUUUCCACCAUAAUUUGCAAAUAAAUUAAUUAAAAAUCCUACAAUGUGAUUUUCUGGAUUUUUAUUCUCAUUUUGUCUGUCAUAGUUGACGUGUACCUAUGAUGAAAAUUACAGGCCUCUCUCAUCUUUUUAAGUGGGAGAGCUUGCACAAUUGGUGGCUGACUAAAUACUUUUUUCCCCCACUGUACACAUGCACGCACUAACCUAUAUAGCAGGGAUCAUCAAUUAGAUUCAGCGGCUGGCUGAUUUUUUCUUGAAUGGAUGGUCAGGGUGCCGGAACAUAAUUACAAAUAAUAUGUAGACUGGGCUUCUUGCGGUCAAUUUGCAAACAGAUAUAAUAUUUGACUAACUAAAAUAAUUUCAAACCUUGCUUACGUUUGUAUACAAUCACAUAGCAUAUAUCUCUCUAUUAUGCGUUGGAAUACGUUGGAACAGAUUUCCAAAAUUCAAAUCACUUGGAGUCUUUUAUGUCCAUCAAUAAAAAUAAAUAAAUUACUAUUAUUAUUUUUGCUCAGAAAACUUGGGGGGACAAAUAAAAAUCACUUGCGGGUCAAAUUCCGCUCGUGGGCCGCCAGUUGGGGAACCCUGCUAUAUAGGCUUAGAAAAGAGAUUGGUUGAAAUUAAAAAGACAAUGUAUUAAAUAUAUUACUUAAUUAAUCAUUAUUACAUAUGUAUGAAUGAUAAUGACCUUUGUCAACCCCUAACCUCAUCCCCCUGACAGAGAUGAGUGAUGUGUGGUCCGUCUCCAGUGUCAACAUCCUGGGAGAGCCUGCUGGAAGCCCACUAGCCACUGAGCCUAACCUGGCAGCCGUCUCAGAGCACUGAGAACCAACCAACCAAUCUCCUCUGUGAGACUCAGUUCAAACAAACCAUUCCUUCCCUCACUCUCACCCUCAACCUGGCAACUCACCAGGACCCAACCUGGUAACCCGGAGCUCAACCUGGCAACCCCCUGUAACUUUUAGUGAGAAUGAGAAAUAGUUCAUUGAGCUGAAAGUGGCGCUGAUGUUGAUGUGUCACUUGCAGAAAUGAUUUAAUUGGAUAGAAAUGAAUCCGUAAAUCCCAGAUUAAAGCCCAGACCAUAACCAACUCUUCACAGACACCCUCUGAUGCUGGGAAGCGAUUACUACACUAUUGAACCAGAUAUUCUCAAUUUAUUUUGAGUUCAGUUCCUUUCCAUUUCAGCAGCCACUGCAGUGUUGAGUUAUGUGAAUCACAAACGCUUUACCUUUUCCUUAGUAUGUGAGAGUAGUGGUCGAUAAGAUGUGUGUAUAUGACCAGACUGAAGUUCAAUUAG